AUGCUGCUGCGAGCUGCUGCACGUGCCCGUGAAGGGGUGGGGUUCGGAAAGUCGAGAGAGGACAGGCAGGUCUCCUUGGGUGUUUGUUGCGCUGCGCUCUUCUCGAGCUGCGGCAGCCGCGGAUCCUUCGCCUUUCUCGGCAGCGCGGGUUUGGACGUCUUAGUGACCCGUAAGCUGCCGUCCCGAAUGGCGACGUCCGCCGGUGUCCGGAGGUGCCAGCAGGCCGCACGCUUUGGGCCCGCUUGGGCGGGGCCCAGCUUCCAGAGACGCGUCGCUCUGGCUUUGCUUCCAGGGGCUGGCAGCCCUUGCUGGCGCCUGCUUUGCUGUGCCCCAGAAGAGAGUUUCAGCAGAAGGCCCUAUGGUCCAGAAGACGCGAACGCUUUUGGCUUUGCCGCUUUGCCUUUCGCCUGGUCGGCUCAGGCCCUCCACUCGACGACAAGUCAGCUGCGAAUCUCAGGCUGGAGCCAAAAACACUUUCAAAGUCGCUGCCACACUGCGCUCCGAGACUGCGCUCCGAGACUGCGCUCCGCUCCGAGGCCCUUCCAUCUCUCGUCUUGGCAGGAGCCCCACGCAGGACCGCUCCGGCCCGGCUGUCCCGGCCCGGUCAACAAGUUCCUCAACCCAAUUGCGGUUCAUUGGCCUCUCUUCAACUUCCUGAACCCUGCCUGGAGCUUGGGACGGUGCACAAGCUACUGGCAUCGCAAGACAUUGGAGGAUGAACUUGUCAUGGGCCACAUCAUCCUAAAUGACUCCAAGAAGGCACAACAGCUCUGGGGUCGGAGGGGAAGAACCGAAACGAUGCCAGAGCCCGCGGCGCCCGUGCAGUGCAGCUUGCAGCGGCUGGUAGCGGCUGGUAGCGGGUCGCAGGGAGUUCCUCCGGUGCCAUGGUUGGGCCACCAAAAGAGCGGGAAGGGCGCUGAUCCCAGCGCGAACGGCGCAGGCCCUGAGGAUCCACCGCAGGAGGCCGGAGACGCCAGCGUCAGAGGGCUCCGAGAGAUCUUCUUCUUAGCUGUCACCAGCCGUGGGAUGGCCGGCUCUCUACAGGAUCGCAGGGAGAAGCAGGAUCACCUCACCAACCCGGAGCUGGACCUGCGUGACUUGUUGGUCGAGGCUUUGAAGGGCAAGGAGAUCGCCGGGCCCUUGCUGCAGAGAUUGCUCGGCGGAGGCUCAGCUUCCAGGCCAGAGUCUUCUAAGGCGAAGCUGUCUCCCAUCGCCUCGGAUCGGGAGUUUUGCCGGUGGCCAAGCUCGCAGCUGCUGCGCUACACGCUUCCUUUUUCACUGGUGGGGGGGGCGCGGGGCGCGGAGGCCGCAGAAAGGCGAUGCUCGAAUGGCCGCGUGGGAUCCGACUCACCGCUUGGAUCGAGAAUCGCAUCGGUGGAAGUGGUGCAUGGCGCCUUCGGAUCGGAGGUGGGAGUGCGCUUACUCAACCACGACCACGGGGCCAUGGGCAUGGAGGAAGAUUCAGAAGCCUUCCUGUCAAGCCUACCGCCGGACGACUUCACGCAAGAAGAGAACAUCUUGCGAGAAAAGCUGUUCGAAGCCUGGCGAGACUUGACAUCCAGCGACCAGCGCGAGGUGAGCUUGCUGUACUUGGCCGAGCAUCCCAAGGUGAAGAGGGCUCUGGGCUUUCUGCCGGCGAAGAUGCUGCGGACUUGGAUCGAGGCGCGCCUGGGCGCGGAGAUGCAGCUCACGGAGAACGACGACAAGGAGCUCUGCUGCGAGUUCCUCAACGCCCCUCGGCAGCGAAGCCAAGCGGCCAAGCCGAAGUUGCCGCAUCCCCGCCCCGCGGCCCCCCCGCCGAAAGCCGAGGUCGCAGCAGAGGAGCUCGGAGAGGCCCAGCCUCAGCGACGGAGAGAGAGAGAGAGAAGAGAGAGCGCGGAGAGCAUCUCUGUCUCGCUCCGAAGAGUGUAA